GAACAUUUGCAAAGAUCAAACCCUGAUGAAUUGUUUUUACCUAAUUUUUCAGAAGAUAUCAAUAGUCAAGAAAAUAUAGACUAUGAAAGGCAUGAAUCAAGUGAUAAACCUGAAGAACCUUGUGAAAUUAGACCAGAUUCCGAAGAAUUUGAGGAUCUUAUCAUGAAUGAAGACUCUGAUGAUGAGUCAUUAGAUUCUGAGUCCUUAAAAGAAGGUUUUGGUGAAUUUUUGGAUAUGUGGGUAGAGAUAUCAGCAAGGGAGGUUGAGGAAGUUAGUGAUACAGAUGAUACAGAUGAAGACGAUUACAGAAUGCCUUCUAAAGUUAAUGACAUCAUUCAUCCAGCCGUAGAUCCUGUUGCUAAAUAG